AUGCGAAGAGGCUACAAGGGCUUUUCAGUAGAUGCUACUCAAAAGGAUAUUGUUCUGUUUUGUUUCGCCCCCUCUCACCUUACCAAACGCGUAUUAAAGAUUGACAACAUGAGAUUAGAUAACUUGGGCUUCAUUAAUUAUCUCAAGCUCGGUAGUGUAGAAUGGGGAGACCAAAGGACGCCUGGACGGAAGUUCGUCGGAGACAGAGUGAAUCCGGCAGGAAGCGACUGGAAAAUUCAAGCACUAUGUUUGUCUCCAACUUUCCUGAUGGGACUCGGUAAGGAGACUAUUAAAAAGAUCUUUUCUGGAUAUGGCGACAUCUCGGAUGUUUAUAUGGCGACAAAGAAGGAUAUACACCGGAAGAACUUUGCUUUUGUCAGGUUUAAAGGAGUGGAUGACGAGAUGAGGCUAGAGUAUUCCCUUCAAGGUAUCAAAUGUAUGGGGUCAAGGUUGGAGGUAAACGUGGCUAGGUUUGAAAGGAAAGAAGGGCCAACGAAAAAGCGGAACAUAGUCGGAAACUGGCCAAAUCCCCCACGAAAAUCUACAGACUCUUUCUGUGAUGGCAGAACCUUUGCAACAGUGACAUCAAGGGUUCAACAAGACCUGCCUCCCCCCCCCCCCCCCCCCCCCCCCCCCCCCCGGUGUUAA